AUGAAAAAAGGAUCUGUCUUCCUAAUGGUUCAUUUUAUUUACAGUUGCUACAUGUGUGAUCACAGCAUUGGUAGUCAUUGUUGUCAUUCGCAUAAAGCCGAUAAUUCCCCAUCGUUUAGCUUGUACUGGUUUAUUGAUAUACAUAAUGUAGAAUGUUUGAAUGAAUCUAUUUCUGGAAGUGGUAAACUUGUUUUCAAGCCUUAUGAGGAUCGUAAAGAUUCAACUGUUUAUGUUGAAAGUGAUGUUGAUCAAGAAUUGUUAUUUAAUAUACCGUUUACUGGAAACAUAAAACUAAUGAGUAUUAUUAUAUCUGGUGCUGAUACCGAACAACAUCCAAGUAAAGUGUCGUUGUACAAAAAUAAACCUUUUAUGACAUUUGAAGAUUUAAGUGCUGAAUGUGAACAAUCACUCGAAUUAGCUAUUGAUCCAAAUGGUGAAGUAAUAUAUCCAUUGAAAAUUUCACGCUUCUCGAAUGUGCAAACACUGAGUUUACAUUUCAGUGCUAAUUACGGGGGUGAUAAAACACGGAUUCACUACAUUGGCUUGCGGGGAGAUUAUACACCAGCACCAAGACGAGAAGCUGUUAUUACAAAUUACGAAGUAACUCCAAAUGUUUCCGAUUUAAAAGACAACAUAUUACAAACUCAGAGUCGUUUUGUUGAAUAA